AUUAAUUUUAACUAUUAUUUUUUGAUCGGCGGAUUGUUUCUUAGUUAUCUUGUCUAUCGAAUAUUUAGGUCGAUUUCUGGUGAUAACCCUUUUAUACAAACAAAGUAUCGAGUGCGAAGGCAUACAUGGAGAAGUAUAGAAUGUAAUAAAUCUAUUCCCUACAACAUUUACUGUACAGUUUGUGGUAAGCUUAUGCUGCCUCUAGUAGGUCUUUUUUGCGAAUGUUGUGCGGUGAGUGCAUGUAAAAAGUGUCAUCGCGUACUAGACAAAAAGGUUCGAUGCAAACAAAUCACAUGGCCUUCUGAUAAACCCUUUUUUCAUCUUUGGGUUAAUGUGGGUUCUAUUUCCAGAAGUAAUGCUGAUCAUAAUGAGGAAACUGAGAAUAUAAAAAAAUACUUUUGCUCAUGGUGUCAAAGAACAAAACUAAGCCAUGAAACUUUGUGUGAAACAGAGGAAUGUGAUUUUUUUAAAUAUCGAGAUAUAAUAAUACCUCCAACUAAUGUUCAUAUUGAAAAAGGAGAAAUUAUUAGUGUCAAACCACUCAGUGAUGAUAAUUGGGAACCAUUAAUUAUUUUUGCCAACCGAAAGUCUGGUAGCAAUAGAAGUGAUGAAGUUCUAUCCAUAUUUCGAGGACUUCUUAAUCCUCUACAGAUAAUUGAUGUAAGUGUAAUGGCACCUGAGCAUGUAGUUAAAUGGCUACCAGAGCAUUGUAAAGUGCUUGUCGCAGGUGGAGAUGGUACCGUUGCAUGGAUUCUUAAUACUCUUCAUUCCUUCUCACAUAUUAAGGCUUCAGUUGCUAUUCUACCGAUGGGUACUGGGAAUGACUUAGCGCGGGCCCUGGGAUGGGGUGCUGGGUGUUCAGAUUUAAAUGCACAUUCCAUUAUACAUUCCGUAAAAGAAGCAACGCCGCAAAUACUAGACAGAUGGAAGGUUACGAUAAAGCCCCGGCGACGGCUGGCGCGGCGCGGCUCGCGUGUUCUGUUCGCGUACAACUACGCAAGCGUGGGCGUGGACGCGCAGGUCGCGCUCGACUUCCACCGCGCGCGCUCGCAGUUCCUCUACCGGUACGCGAGCCGCUACCUCAACUACUUGGCGUACGCGCUGCUGGGCGUGGGCCGCGCCCUGGACGAUGGUGGUUGCGGUGGGCUGGAGAAGCGUCUGCGCGUGGGGCUGGGCGUGGGUGGCGAGACACUCCCUCUCCCCCCCUUACAGGCCCUCGUAGUACUUAAUAUACCUUCCUGGGGCGCCGGGGUGGACCUCUGGAGUUUGGGCAGUGAGGAAGACGUUGGCGAUCAACACAUGGACGAUGGAAAAGUUGAGGUAGUUGGUGUAUCGUCGUCAUUCCAUAUAGCGCGACUUCAGUGCGGUCUAGCUGAGCCGUAUCGAUUCGCGCAGACUACCCAUGUUCGAAUCGAUUUAGACGGUAGUUGUGCGAUGCAAGUAGACGGGGAGCCGUGGAUGCAAGGGUCCGCCACUAUACUCGUAGAGCCGGCUGGAAAAUGCACCAUGCUUCGACCCGCCUCCUAAAAUGUCUAUGUUCCUUGAAUAUUAUCUAUUGUUUUUACGCCUUAUUUGGCGGUGUAGUUAAUGGUCCUAAGCGUCCCUUAAACUACGAAUUGCUAUUGAUUAAAUGUACCAGACGUACUGUAAGUCAUUGUCAAAACUAUUGACUAUCGUUGAAAGGUGCAAUUGAUGGUGCAAAUUUCAUGCUGAUUUAUUGACAUAUUAAUAAUACUUCGACCGAUUAAAGCCCGUUUUCUAUAUUCUAUUAAAGAAUGAUUUUUAUUAAUUAUUUAUCAAUAAUAAAACGCAGUUGACAAUUGUAAUGUUAAUUGCUCGACUCGAGAACACUUGAUACUUAUAUUCAAACAAGGGUAAUAAGGAAAUGCCUAUGAUCUUAUAUUUUUGUUGUUGUUUUGUAAAAUUGUGUCAUUAAAUAAAUUAAUAUUUUUUGUUUUUACACAACUACGGUAAGCGAUUAUUACCAUAGCUUAGACACCUGCAAGACAUCGCAAGCACGUUGCCGACCCUACCCCCAAUCCACCCAGGAGCUCUUGUCACUUAACACACUACCUACACCUACCUUAUGCGAAUAAUUAUGCCAAAAAAUCUGUGUCACGUAAAUAUAUUCACUUGUUACUUAAUAAAUAUUGGUGUAUUUACGGUGUGGUAGCUAUGUAGUGUUUUUAACGUUCUUCUCCCUGUCGUGUUAUGUAAAAUCGUCUUGUGAUGUACGUGUAUCGCAUUUUAAAAGUAUUAAAUAUAUAUUUUUUUGUUGAAUCUCAUGUAAGUGUUUAUUGGUGUAUGUCUAUGAAUAUGAAUGUAAAAUAUUGAUGUCCAAAAAUAGAUGUGCUGUGAAGUCUUAAAAUAAAUAAUACUC